UGUACUAUACAUUGUUUCCUUACCUUGUUCUUGCUUCAGUGAUAAUGUAAUUGUAUAAUCCUUAUAGUAGGCAAGGACUGACAUUUUAUGGCUUAGCCGAUUUUGGACAGCUUUAAUUAAAUUGACUAGGGAAACACUGUUACAGCCUAUUUCAAGUCCUGGUGUCAAUUGCAUGCAUGGCGGUGAUGGAAUGUUUAUUAGGAUCAAGUUUCAGACUGCUUCGGGGUAAUUACGCAUCGUUCCAAGUGUCUUCCCAGCUGAUAGGAAGGGGAGGCUGAUGGAUCCAGGAGACAGUCAGGGAAUUGAAAUUAACAAGGAAUCGCAUGGUGCAUUAGUUGUCAUGGAAACUUUAAUUUGUACUUGAAGAUUUGACGCGUCUCCAGAGAAACCACAGAAGGAACAAUUCCUAAUCGCUACAAAUGGAGAAUCAUCUGAUACCAUGGAGAUGUUUCGCUGCCAUUUUCAGUGAGGCCCCAUUAUUGGAUUGCGCGAACACGAAAAGAAAAUUCUGCCACAAUUAGGUGGAAAAUAUGGAUCUUGAUGUCAUAGUGAUUUGAUAUUCUUCUUCUUUCUUUUUCUUUUUGGUGAACAAUGUUCGAGUUUGGAUGAGACCAAAAGAAAUGUUGUAGCCAUGGUUCUGAAAGUGCGCCGAAGAUCAUGGCGGAUUUUGAUUGUGACAUUGUCGCUGAUGACAAUGGGUUUCCUGUGCAUAUUAAAUUUACUGGCUCACGAAUUGAACUUCUCGGAGAAGACGGCAAAAAAACAGAAUGAAAAUAGAUUUGUUCUGCAGGACCCUGAAUUAUAUAUUGCACAGGGAAUCAGGAAACCGCAAGCAGCAGUUGAUAAAAGUGAUCAUGACAAUAUGAAUUUAGAAUAUGGUUCUCAUAGAAAGUUUGUUUUCACCUCUCAUAACAACAUUCCAGAAAAUGAAGAUCUUGAUAUCGGUGCAGAUGAUAGCGAUGAAGAGUACUCAAAUGGAGGAGGAAAAGGAGAAGAGGAAGGUGAUGAUGGUGAUGAUGAUGACAUUGAUGACACAGUUGAUGAAUGGAAGGGUGAUAACCUGGAUAUUCAUUCUCAGUCUAAAGUUCAGAAAGUCUUCGAACCUUACGACUUCCAAAACAUGUCCAAGUUGAUAUUUGCAAAACCUCCUUUACGCUUCCAAGAAGUUCCUAAUGGAAAACAAAUGGCCGAGGAGAAAGUAAUGGCGCAGGCUGGAGUGAGAGAAUUCUCCCCCAAACUGGCUGUUUCAGAGGGAAUCUUCUGGAGUCCAUAUGUAGAGAAAAUGGUGCCCAAAGGGUUCUCUGACGAAGAAGUGUUCAACUACAUGGCUAGCAUUCAGUCCCUAGAGGUUCACAGUGUAGAACCGGCUUCCUGGAACAAGUGUGGGAGACCCAAGAACGCGUACAUUGUACUGAGGGACAAGAGAGUCGUGUGUGCCCGAUACAGAGACUCUGACGUCAGGUUCAUCCUAGGCGAGGCCCUCUCCUUUUACCUGUCCCGCCUGCUGGGGUUGGACAAUGUCCCUGCCGUGGUUCUCUCCACCACCAGCGCUGGUCAGUGGUCCGCACAGAACCUGAAGACACUUGAUUGGAACAAGGACAAGCUGGUGGCGCUCAUACAAUGGAUCCCCAACAUGGACUCAUUCAGUUCCUAUGUUAAAAUUCCUGAGAGGAUUCUGAAAGCAUAUGAGAGUGGCAAGCCCAUUCUUGGUGUCCAUCUAAAGAAUGCCACUCUGCAGGAGAUAACAGAACUACAGCAGUGGGGGACCCUGUUCUUGUUCGACUAUCUGACAGGGAAUUAUGACAGGGUUGCCAGCAUGCAAGAUGCAGCUUAUGAAGAGAAGAAACCUAGCAUAAUCACAGAGAAGAUCCGGAAUCUGUUCAAGUCCACGAAAACCAACAAGUUAUGGUUAAUCGACAAUGAGAGUGGACUGCUCGAUGCUUAUGACUUGAUAUACAAUGAGGAGUCGGGAGGAGCUAGAUUCCUCACAUUUCAUAAACAAAUGUUGCAAACAAUGUGCGUCUUCCAGAAAAGCACAGUGACUGCCAUACAGAGACUCCUCCAAGAGGAAAACCCCCAUGUUUCAUUGUUUAACUAUGGCAUGGCCCAUGAUCCAGUUCUAAAGAAAGUGCUGCCCAACUAUAACGUCAAGUUGAUACGGAGGUGGUUCCACCAGAGACUGGCCGAGGUUUACAAGUGGAUCAAUCAAUGUGCUAGUUGACGCAGGAAGUUGAUACACCCCAUUUUUACCACUCCCCCUUCCCAAAUCUGUGAUAUAUAAUUCUCCAUUUGCGAUAGACUCCUACGUAUUUCACUCAGGCAGAGAAAUAGUGUUCAAUCUAGGGUUUAGGAUGUGAGGCUGUCUUGGAACAGUCUGUAUGUGUGUUGGUGGGAUUUUUUUCAUAUAUGUACUGUACAAUUUUUUGUGUGUACUGUUUAACUUUCAAGAUGUCUGUAUGUAAACAAUGUUAACUGUGUUUGUGUCUACCUGUUAUAAUUCUGGGUUUUUUUGUGCUUUAAUAGCUUUAAAGCAUACAUUUUUAAUAGUGCUAUAACUUUCAUUUUGUUUUGGCAUUUUGAUCAGUAGACUUUUCUUUCUACACGUCUGAUGCUUAUAAAACUUUGCAUAAAACACGUGAUGGUUUCGUCCCCACAACCUACCAAAGACAUGCUUCCAUUUGUAGAUUAAUUAUCUCUGUGUCUUGUGUAUACCAUUUUGCUUUUCUACAGAUUGUGUUUCUGAUUUUGCAAUCGCUCUUUAUGAAAUAUUCGUAGUUGUGCUUUCAAUUUCUAAAUGAUGUAAACCAAAUGCAUUUUACGGUAUCUUUCGAAUCUACAUUUAACAUAUUUGUGUUUACAAAUUUUUUGCAUGAAUAAUUUUAUAUUGUGCAAUUUGCAGCAAAUGAAGUAAAAUUCUGAUAUUUGCAUAUUAAUUUUCAAAUUCAAUCACAAAGUUGUUUAUCAAUAUUGUAAAGCUCUGAAUAUUGCAUGAGGAGUUUAAAUUUGCAAGGCAAUCCAUGAAAAAAACGGUGCUAUUAUUUCAUAUCAUAACACAUGUAAUUUUACCCUUUUAUGUACAUCAAAUUUGCUCCAUGAUGAUCCACUUUGAUAAUAUUUAUUUUUACGCCAUUGCAAGCAUUGUAUUGAAUGUUUUGUUAUUAAAUAAACUUAUUAAUAAUUUGAAAAUCAA